AUGGCUACGCGGAGAUCACCACCGAGUAUCGGUAUACCAAACAAACGAAGGCGCUUAAGUAAGAUUGUGGACGACCAGCGAAUUAACGAAGUGGCUGUCAAGGCAGCAGAGGUGCUUCUUCCUUGGGAUGAGGUAUCUCCUCCUUACUUCAGUGAAUGGUUGGAAAAAUUCUCAAACGCACAAGGGGCAACGAAGGAACUUAUGUUCAUGUCGAUCCUUCCCACAGUUUCGUCCCUUCUUGGUCUUUGUAAGCUUCAAAUGACCACAACGUACAGUGAAAACCUAGCGCUUUUCACCCUGGGCAUUUGUCCACCAUCGGGCGGAAAGAAUCAAUGUUUCUCAUUCGGUUGUAAGCAACCCGUUUCCUACGUAGAAAGCAAGUCAGCGGCGUGUCUCCUUCUAGACAAAUUUACCGAAGUUGGCCUGCGACAGCAUCUCCUUCAGAAUGGUGGUGUGGGCCUGCUGAUGAACGAGGAAAUGGAGGACACUCUGAGACACAUACAUUUGGAGAGGGAGUGCGGUACACUCUGUAGAUUGUUCGACGGAGACUCGAUAUACAUCAACACUGGGAGUAGUAACUCCAGGCAAGAGAUCGAACGAUCUAGCCUAGCGAUAGGCGGAUUUAUGCAGGUACAUUACAUUGUUACUCAUUCCUUUUUAUGGUGGUUUUGUGGUUGCAAGAAAAAGUAGCGCUCGAUUUUGAUGCAAUGCAACAAUAGCGGUCGAUUAAUAUAUCACCAAGUGUUGGCGCUAAAUUUCAUGCAAACAGAAAUGGCGCAAAGUAAAUUUUGUAACAAACUUAGGGCGGGAAAUUUCAUGCAAACAGAAAUGGCGCCAAAAUAACAUAUUACUAUCUUUGUGCGCGGAAUUUCAUAGAGCAAAAAAUGGCGCGAAAUUAAAUUUACUAAGUUUUGCGCGAAAUUCAAUUGUUUAGUUCUGACUUACGCGUUAAAUUGCCAAAAUUGUUAAGCGCAUCUUUUCAUCUUUCACAAUGUAGCAUCCACAACGCCGAUAUUUUACAAUACAGAAAACAUAUGCGAGCGAAAGAGCUCAAUUAUACGUGUGUUCCUCCAUAAGUAUAAAGGAUUCAAAGAAGCCUCUUUUCGGAAAGUUCUGGAUAUAAUAAAAACUCUACUAAAAGAAAGAUUGAAGGUGUACAAAACCUCAGCAGCUAAGGGUAUCAGUUCUCUUUCCCAGGUCAGACAAUUCUUCAGUGAAAUCUAUCCAAUGAUGGUGGCAAGUCAGUCCGGGUUCGAUCUUAGAUUUUUGAUCGCUGUUUUGCGCCCGAAGGCAUUAACAAGAAAACAGACGCAACCUUUUGCAGAACAGCUGAGUGACACCCACCUCACCAACCUAAACGACUUAUACAAGGCCAUAUAUGAUGAUCACAAACAUGGAGAUGUUGUGUACUCUCUAAAUAAAGAGGCAUUGGAUGUCUAUGACCAGUUCGAUGAGCAAAUUUGCACCAGAUUGAACAAUCAAUGGCAAAAUGGUCAGUUUCUGCAAAUUAAGACUGCCGCUUCAGAGGGCGGAAAAGAGAGACGCCUGGUCCUAAGACUGGCUGUGACGCUGUUUGUUGUGUACAGCUAUAUCUGCCGACCACUAUUUCACUUUUAUGGGCCAGUGCCCCGAAUCAUCCCCAAGCAGUAUAUGGAAUAUGCAAUGAAAUUGAUGACUUACUUUCAGCAACAGCGCAAAGAAAUAGACAAGGUAGGAAUAAUGUCAUUUAUUUUGUUUUUCUGCCCAUACAUUUUCAUUUCAUACUCCUCUCGACUGGGACUAGGGGCUGACUUGAUUUCAGGUCAGUUUUCCAGUAAAACCACUCUGAAUGAAACCUAAUUUCCUCAGUUUCCUGGCCCUAACCACUAAACUCCAGCAGGAUAGUCCAUUUUGGGAUAGUCUAUAAGGGUAGUCCAUGGGGAUAUUGCAUGGACUGGAGAGCAGAGUUUUUUGCACCACCUGUGAACAUGAUCCCUGGCUUCUUCCAUAUAAAAUGGAAGAAAACUGGAACCCAAAAAUUUCCCAGAAGUUCAAUUCCCUUUCCACUUAUUGCACAUAUCUGGCAAAUAGAGAUUUUGGUGCAAGGCCUGACAAAAUGAAAGUAUGCAUCAUGUUCACUAGCCCACUAUGGUUUCUUGUUCUGAUAAAAAAUGUAUAUAUAUAUAUGUUUCCAUUAAGAACAUCAUUAUGUUUUUCUUCAGAUCAUGUUGGAUGAGGAAGUGGAGAGUCAAGAUAGCCUGAUAGACAAGAUUGUCAGUUUUCCAGGACCAGUCUGUACAGUCUCCAAUCUUAGGGCAUGUGCCUCCUCUAAAACGAGAGUGGUAUGGACUCCAGCUGUUGUGAAAGACGCUAUGUCAGACUUGGCCAGAGCUGGAAUUGGAGAGACAGUCACCUUGGAAAGGACUGUUGCUUUUGUUAAAAACCCACCUGACCAUGUAACAGACACUGCCCUGUCUCAAAAUACUACUCUCAGCAAAGAGCAGUACGAGGAGUGUUUCCUUUUCCAAGAUAUGAACCUCCCCAAUAGUAAGAAGGAUGGUCUGAUCGCCAAAGCAAGACUAUCAAGGGAGAUUCAGGGUUACCUGACUCAAAACAAGGAAAAUUAG